AUGGCAACUUUAUCUUCUCCCACUACUUUCCUUCUCCUACUACUUUCCUUCUCCUUCUUCCCAUUCAUCAUCUAUGGCGCCAAGGAGAAUACCCUAAUCCAAAAGACCUGCAAAAUUAUCCACGCGUAUAAUAAGAACUUCAUCCACUACGACUUCUGCAUCUCCGCCCUGCAGGCGAGGCCGGCCAAGGAAUGCGCGACACUGCGCGGCAUAGGGAUGACGUGCAUCAACCUGAUCAUGAACAACGUGACGGACACGAGGCGCCACAUCCGGGGUGUGGUGAACAGCGGGAAGGUGCAGCCCUGGGUGAGGCGGUGCGUGGAUGAGUGCUACGAUCUCUACGACCGUGCCGUCACUCGAGUGGGGAACGCUUUGAUGGAUUACAAGCAUAAGAAGUACAUGGAGGCGGAGGCUGAACUCAGCAUGGUCAUGGAUUCUGUGAUGUUAUGCGAUAUGUUGUUCAUGAAGGGCCGCAGCCGAGACAAGCCAGCCGGCGGCUGCGGCGGGGAGUCUCGCCGUUUUCGGCGAGGAACAACGACACUGCCCAGUUGUCUGGGAUGGUGCUGUCCGUGGUGCGUCUGCUUCUACUGCAUUGAUCGAUCCAGAUUGCAUUGA